AUGUUUCGCAACGCACUGUUGGGUCCCUCGCGCCUUUCGUCAGUGCGACAUCUUGUCAAUGCACAACGCCGGUGUCUUGCAUCGGGACCGAAGUCAGCCACUUCCGCCAUGGCAUUCAAGAAGCACAUUCGCCAACGACGAUUUGGACCUGUUCCAUCGUUUCCAGGACCUUCAGUUGAAGAAGCUGUGAGCAACAUUAUCUACAAUACGCCUCCACCUACACGUGCCCCUGAAACUCGCCACAUCCUCAAUUGUCUUGUACAAAACGAACCUGGUGUCUUGAGUCGAGUCUCUGGUAUCAUUGCUGCACGUGGUUUCAACAUUGAAUCAUUGGUUGUCGCCAAUACCGAAGUGCCGGAUUUAUCUCGCAUGACAGUCGUCUUUAAUGGUCGCAAUGUUCACAUUGAACAAGCUCGUCGUCAAUUGGAGGAUCUCGUGCCAGUGUGGGCUGUUCUUGAUUACACAAAGACCAAAUUGAUCGAGAGGGAGUUGCUACUCAUCAAGGUAUCCAUUCUCGGCCCUGAGCACUUGCAUGAACAAUUGCCAACUGCCAAAUUCGACAAUGAGGUGGUAUUUGAGGAUGAGAACUUGAAGAACUCAAUGGAAGUGGAGGAGGAACAACACCAACCUUCUGGCACUUUGCGUCAAACUUUUUCACAUUUGCGUGCAUUGACAGAGUUGUCUCGCUUGUUUGAUGCCAAAGUGGUCGAUGUAUCAUCCGAUUCGAUCGUCAUUGAAUUAUGUGCCAAGCCAGGUCGUGUAUCAUCCUUUAUGAAACUUUGCAAGCCAUUUGGUAUCCUUGAAGCUUCUCGUACUGGUGUCAUGGCAAUGCCUCGAUCCCCUGUUCAUGAUCAUUAUCAAGCACAAACCGAGCAUUCUUAUGAAGAUGAUUCACCCGCUGUUGAUGCCACUAUGCUUCCUCCCGGAUAA